CGGUGCUCUCCGCUCGGGCGGGCCUCGCGCCGCGUGCUGAGCCAUGCCCCUGGCCGCGCCCGCGGGCCGCGCAUGGGGCAGCGCCUGAGCGGCGGCCGCUCCUGCCUCGAUGUCCCGGGCCGGCUCCUGCCGCAGCCGCCGCCGCCCCCGCCGCCGGUGAGGAGGAAGCUCGCGCUGCUCUUCGCCAUGCUCUGCCUCUGGCUCUACAUGUUCCUGUACUCGUGCGCCGGCUCCUGCACCGCCGCGCCCGGCCUGCUGAUCCUGGGCUCGGGCUCGCGAGCCGCUCACGCUCAGCCCGCGCUGGUCCCGGCCCCCAACGAGACGUCCCCCAAGCUGCCUUUCCGGGCGCCUCCGGCCAGCCCGCUGGCUGCAGGCAAGGAGAGGGCGGCCGGCGCCGGGAGCCAGGAGGAGCCGGGCCCCGAGGCGCCGGACUCCCCCAGCCCCAUCUCCAGCUUCUUCAGCGGCUCCGGGAGCAAGCAGCUGCCGCAGGCCAUCAUCAUCGGCGUGAAGAAGGGCGGCACGCGGGCGCUGCUGGAGUUCCUGCGCGUGCACCCCGACGUGCGCGCCGUGGGCGCCGAGCCCCACUUCUUCGACCGCAGCUACCACAAGGGCCUCGCCUGGUACCGGGACCUGAUGCCCAGAACCCUGGAGGGACAGAUCACCAUGGAGAAGACGCCCAGCUACUUCGUGACCCGGGAGGCCCCCGCGCGCAUCUCGGCCAUGUCCAGGGACACCAAGCUCAUCGUGGUGGUGCGCGACCCGGUGACCAGGGCCAUCUCGGACUACACGCAGACGCUGUCCAAGCGGCCGGACAUCCCCAGCUUCGAGAGCCUGACGUUCCGCAACCGCAGCGCGGGCCUCAUCGACACGUCCUGGAGCGCCAUCCAGAUCGGCCUGUACGCCAAGCACCUGGAGCCCUGGCUGCGCCACUUCCCGCUGCGCCAGAUGCUCUUCGUGAGCGGGGAGCGGCUGGUCAGCGACCCGGCCGGCGAGCUGCGCCGCGUGCAGGAUUUCCUGGGCCUCAAGCGCAUCAUCACCGACAAGCACUUCUACUUCAACCAGACCAAGGGCUUCCCGUGCCUCAAGAAGGCGGAGGGCAGCGGCAAGCCGCACUGCCUGGGCAAGACCAAGGGCCGCGCGCACCCCGCCAUCGCGCGCGAGGUGCUGCGGCAGCUGCGUGACUUUUACCGGCCCUUCAACCGCAAGUUCUACCAGAUGACCGGCCGCGACUUCGGCUGGGACUGAGUCUCCUCCCCUUGCGGCUUAUCUAUUGAGAGAGAGUAUAUGUAUGUAAAAUGUACAGAAAUCUAUUUUAUAAUAAUUUAUUUUUAAUUCACGAGCAAUUAAUUCACUAAGCUGCCUAGCCACGCUCUGCAGAGAGUUCCCGUCACGGUCUGUUAACAUUCCAAAGUGUUUAUCUCCCAUAUUUUGUUCUGUCCCUCACAAACGAUGGUGCUUCCUUGUUCUCCUCCCCGAACCCCCCCCGCCCCCGCCCCCGUUGUAUUUAAGAAUAAGAAAAGCACAACUUGAGAUUUUUGUUACGGGUAUUCAGUCUUCAAUCACCUUGGAUCCUCCACCUGCUAUCUCCUUGGAUCUUGGCUGCCUCAGUUGGUUGGUUUUUGUUGUUGUUGUUUUCUUUCCUUCUUUCUUUCUUUUCUUCUUCUUUUUUUUUCUUUUUGCCCAGAUACCUUCUGGAAGCACGGAGCUGCCUCAGCUUGCUGAAGUCUGAAGGUGGAAUUUACAUAAGCAGUUCCUUAAUCUCACUGAUGUAGCUAGAACCAAGUGGCAUUUCUCUCACCUCCCUUACAGGGACCCAAGUCCUUAUGACCCCAGCCUUCUUCUGCUCUAUUCCUCCAUCCCUUAGCCAGCUGGAAGUAUAUGCAGAAAUUGAUCCCUUUUCCAGGUCCCAUGAGUGUGGCGAUACUUGACAAAAAAGGUGAUGUCUCAUUUGCGUAAGAAUGUACCGCACCCUUUUCCUCAGCCAGACAGUUCUGUGUGACAGGCCAAAGAGUCUGCCAGGCCUAAACCUGGGUGCUAGAUGUAAGGACCCAUAGGGUUCAGAUGUGUCCCUCAGCACUCAUAGAGGCGUUGCUAUGUGUAGACCCAUAGACUCAAGCCUCAGAACAGAGAAAAGGCAGAACACUCGGAUAUAACAAGCAGCCUGGUAGAGGAAGGGGAUGCCCAGCGUUGCAGCCAAACGCCUCUGAAAUGCUUACCCCAUCCCAGAGAUACAACACAAUCUGUAGGCAGUGACCACAGCAGGCUUUGGAGGAUGGUCCUAGUGGGCCCAGGCUGGGAAAGCUGGCUGCUUGUAGGUACUCAAGCCUGGCACUUGUGCAGCCUCCCGGUGAGGUAGUGGGGGUUAGCAGAGAAGUUGCCAGCUUUGCUGCUAAUAGGCAGAUGGUUCUUCCUGAACCUCUGUGUUGGGAGGACAGGGGGUCAGGGAGGGGCCAUCCUUCAGCUAGUUAGGAAAACUGUGUAGUGAUAGUACAGCAUGAUAUAUUCAGUUAAUCCUCAGUUUCCUAAACCAGAAUGCCUCCUUCCCGAAAGGAUUGUUACCUGAGUUAGACUAUCAUCAAGAAUGCAUACUUGGUUGAAAUGGUUACAUUGUGAUAGUUACAAAAGAUUCCUUUGGACACUCUAUAGUCUGACUUGACUGGGUGAUCAAAGUUAUACGGAAAGAGAAGAUACAUUGUCUCUAGAAACUAGUGAGAGGUAUCUAUGGUCCAUAGGGAUAGUUUGAAACCAAGUUUGUGGUUUUCUACAAAUUAUAGCCCGGCUGAAAUUAGCUUAUUCUGGGCAGCAAGAUGGUCCCUGGGCAGGUUUAUAGUGGAAAGGUGGUCAUUGGCUGUGUUCAUUUCUUAGAUGUUACAUCCAUUUCUUCCUUUUUCUUUUUCUCCUUCUGCAGAGCUGAGGGCAGAAUCUUGGGCCUUUUGCACACUGGGCAAACACUGAGCCACACCCCCAGCCCAUUUCAUGGUCAUUUGCUCAUUUUCUUCUGCCUAUACACAGUUGUGUAUUGCCUGCAUUUAGGCCAACACCACAAUCAUAGCAUAGUCUCCUGGCCAGCUGCUUGGGCGUAGAAAUGCCUGCAUGAAAGACUCUCACCAGCCUUACUUUUCCUUGUAAAAGGCUGUUUGAAAUCAGAACAAGGACACCUCCCCUCACCGACUGCAGAAUCUUGCUCACAGGCAGAGGCAGCCUGUCCAAGGCCUUCACCGAGGCUUUCUGGCUGCUUGCAGAGUAGAAGUACAUAGAGUUCAGAGAAUGGUACACAGCCAAGCUGGAGGAAAAAGGUGUGAGCCUUUCUGCUCUCUUCCCAAGCUGGACGCUUGUUUAAGUUGUCUACCCCUUGCUUUAGAACAGAACAAAAACAGGAUGUGUUGAGAUAGAAGGAAGGUCAUGGAGUCACGGACGCUGAAGUGAGUCAAGAUUCUGUGCUGGGUCCUUGGAUCCAAGCAGAUGUUGGCAAUUAGCGCUGCUGGAGCAGGGUGAGGUUUUCAAGGUUGGUCAAAUGACCCAAACAACGUGGGAGCCUCUUCAUCAGGUCCCGAUGGCUUACAGUCCCUGACUGAUUGGACCCUGCCCAAGAUGCUGCCUCAUGGGAGAGCUGUUACUACCCCAGGUAGCCCCUUCUCAGAGGAGCUGGGCAACAUAGGAAACUAAGGCUUAGGUCUGUCCCUUCCCAUCCUGGCCAACUACAAGGCCACCGAGCUUCACCGCUGAACUGCCAGGACACAGACAGCAGUUUACGUCUUGACAGUUUGUCCCACCCCAUGUUUGAGUGUUCUCCUGGUUUCUAGGAAAAGUCUGGCAUAUUCCUGGUGAACUUUAUUUCUCAAAGCUUUCAUUUCUUUCCUGGCUUGAAAGCAAACAAAAAAAAAGUCCACAAAAAUGUUUGAUUCUUUUUGUUUUAGUGUCUAUUCACGGAAAGCUUUCGCUGGGGAUGUUUGCAAGCAGGUGUGUUCGUUUAGUCUGGAAACAUUUACAAAAGUGUUCCAGGCGGAGUGACUAUGGAAUAAAGUCUUCAUUGGAUGGAGGAGGAGAGAUAUGCUGGGGGGAGCGGACUCUCGGAGGGAGAGUCCUUCUGAGUGACAGAUGCCCUUCAGCCUUUGGGGAGAAACUCAGUUGCAGACCCCGCCUAGCUGCUCCCUGAGAAAGGGAAAUGGAAGGCUCUUAACACACACACACAUCACGUCAGUGAGUACAGAAGGUGUUGAUGCAGAUGUUGGUGUCAUUUCUCUUUUCAGUUUUCCAGAAAGAAUGAUUAAUGAAUAUUUGAAGGUGUGGUUAGUUAUAUUUUUUCAUUUUUAUAACAUUAAUUUAUGACUGAGUUUCAUUCAGCCCAGUAAUCAAAAAUGCUGUGCAAAUUCUAGCAGUAUGUCUUCUAUAACAUGGACGUUAGAAUAGCCGAUAUGUACAAAAAAAAAAAUUAAAUCAAGUAUUUUGUCCUAUGUAUAACACAGAUUAAUUUUACACAGAGAAAGAUGUUUUUAGGAAAAUGAAAUUCUGGUAAUUCAUACUUUUUCUUGUAUGAACAAAUAAAAUAUAUUUUACCAACA